UGAGUUAAAAGGCACAAACAUUCAACAUCAAAUCUUAUUUGUUGGAGCAAGAGAAGAAGAAAAAAAUGUCAAUUCCUCCGAACAGUCCCGCGAGAGGGUGUGCUGCAAAUUUCCCACAACCGGUGGGGCAAAACGAGAUGGUUGCAGCCAAUGAUCUGGUGAACCUUCUUCAGCGCAUUAACCUGCAGGAAGCAGGAUUGGAGGAAGUGGUGUACAGACCAAGCGACUUAGAAUACGACAUACGACGGCCCUUGGUCCGCUGGGACACGAGGCCCUACCAAGACAUCUUCGUCAAUGGCUUCCAAGCAAGGCCUCGAGGAGACACUCCCAACACCACCUACUACAACUUGGAUCACUUCGUCCACAACGCAGGAGCACCACUCGACCCAACUAGGCGUGCCACUCACACCUUCGUCAGCACCACUCUUAAUUACGAUUGGUAUCCCAACCCUACGGUGAGUACCCUUCCGCGAGGACAUGUGAUGCAAUUCUUUCGGUACGAGAUCUAUGCACCAGGGGGUAUUUGGGUUGGUGUCACCCUUAGGGGCAGGUACAAUCAUGUUUCUCAAGCUGAAGUUUGCUUUGCAGCUGGGAUUGCACCUCAGUACAUUCGCUCUUGCAUCGUUUACACAGCCAUACGUGACGUUGAUUCAAACCAUGUGAGCUUCGUCAGAGAAAUCAAACUAAUAAUUAAUGGGCAUUUCAAUCCACAGGCACAUCCAUAUGCCGAGGUCAUAAUUUAUCUUCCCAUACAUACUUAUGAAGAUGAAAAUGGUGUAGAGAGAUACCUACCUGAAGAAACAUAUCCACCAAGAAACAGUAGUAGCAGAUACAAAAGAGAAAUAUCGGAAUCAGAUGACAAUAACAACGAUGCUGCUCACGAGUGGUACACUCACAAAGUUAUAGACGUUCCUAGUUACAUAAAUUCUGCGUUUCGUGCAUCUAGCAACAACGAAGCCUACUUAUUCAUGAAAAAUAAGUAUGUGCUUGUGAAUUAUGCUCCAGGAUCAACAGAUGACAGAAUAGUGAACGGACCACUUCGUAUUUGCGAUGGUUUUCCAUCGCUUAUUGAUACACCCUUUGGAGAAUAUGGAAUAGAUUGUGCAUUUGACACUGAUUACAACGAAGCCUUCAUCUUUUGUGCCAACCUUUGUGCCCUAAUAGACUAUGCUCCGGGAACUACAAAUGAUAAAAUACUCUCGGGUCCUAUGCCAAUUGCUUCUAUGUUUCCCUUCUUCAAAGGCACGGUGUUUGAGAAUGGCAUCGAUGCUGCGUUCAAGGCAACUAGCAACUACGAAGCUUAUUUGUUCAGACAUGAAAAAUACGCUCUUGUGAAUUAUAACUCCAAGACUCUCAUUGCCAUCCGUAACAUCACUGAUGGGUUUCCCAGUUUGAUGGGAACCGUGUUUGCGAGUGACAUUGAUGCAGCUUUUGCUUCUCACCGUACCGAUGAAGCUUACAUUUUCAAAGGUGAGUUAUAUGCAUUGAUCAAUUUCGCCCCAGCUACAACCGAUGAUUACAUUGUAGGGACGAGAAUAAAGGAAAUUCUUCCCAAUUGGCCCUCCCUUCGUGAUGUUUUGCCUCUCAUGAAUAGGGGACUUGACUUUCAUCAUCAUGGUCAUGGACAAGAUCACCACUCAGAUCAUCGCGACGAUGAAUUCUAAAAGUCGAUUCUAGUGUUAUUUUAUAAUCAGAAUUUAAGUUUUACUUUAAUAAAAAUAAAACAAAUUCUGAUUAUAAAAUAGCAAAAUGGUACUUUUUCUAAUUUAUUAUAUGAUGGCGUGUGUGAUAAGAAUAAAGACUUUGGUUGUCAAUGUCUCGUAUGCUAUCUGCUCUUGGCAACCUCAUGUGUUGAUGUUUGUUUCCUAUUUCUUGAUGUGAUUUUGUGUUUAUGAAUGGUUGUGUUGUAUGUCGAUGUAAUAUAUGCAUGGUUUGAAAAUAAAACUAAAGAGUGAUGUUUGUUUGAGUAAA